AUGGGCAUCACAGACUACUUCUCCGAGCUCUACGACUCGGUAGUAGACGCUUUCACGACGGAAGCGCACGCCGAGGCGCCGCAAGAGGACGGUGACAGCGAGGAGGGCGAUAAGGGAGAGGACGACAGCGAGGACAAGGAAGAGGGCGACAAGGAGGAGUCUGAGGAUUCGGGUGACAAAGAAGAGGGCGAGGGCGACGACGCUGGUGGUGAGGAAGAGGAAGAGGAGGAAGAAGAGGAAGAGGAAGAAGAAGUCGAGGACAUCAAACCUAAGCUAGAAGAAGAAUGCGCGAAGUCAGCGCAGUGCAUCGGCUAUAAGCACCACUACGACGAGUGUGUCGAGCGCGUCACCGGCAAGAUAGACAGUGGCGAGAAGGCAGAUGAGGACUGUGUCGAAGAAUCCAAUGUGCGGCACCGAAGCUCUUCAAGCUCCUCAAGUAGAGACUACACAACCAUCGAAGCCAUGCAAGGCGAACGACAUAAGCGUCGAGAGACUCGCAUAGACGAGAAGCGGUAUACCGAAAACCUCGCCCUCCGUCGAAGGAAUGAGCAACCAGAGAACCAGUUCUCGUCGAGGAGAAUCAGCCUGCUCUGCACAUCGGUGCUUUGA